AGAUCGGCUAGUUAGGACUAGCCAAAAUGGCGAACCUCAUGUAGGGGUCGAGUGUGAUUACAUGUCGCAUUUGAAGCACUUGUAGGGGAGUUAUUUUCUACCUUUUCAGCUAUUCUUUGAGCCAUGUUGCUAAACCUUGGCCUUCGGGCCGUUCUGAAGUCGUCAGCGGGUGUUUUGCGUGAAAGCUCCGCUCGUUGCUCCGCGGUGUCAGUCAAACCCUGGACGUGCAGCUCGGCCCUUUUACCAGCACCGACAAUUAGCAGAAUUGCAGGAAGCUUUGCUGUCACAACACCAGUAAGACACUAUGCCAGAGGGACAAAGAAUAGAAAGACCGUCCCCGAGAGCCAUCUCAGUGAUCUUCACCCAACAAUGCUGAAGUUCGAUUAUGCAUCUGUCCCUCUUGCUCAAACAACUGAUGAUCUUGUCAAACGUCUUCUUUCAUUGGAGCUGGCGAGACAUAGUGACAAACUACAAAUGAAGACGGAGCAACUGAUUGCAAAGGUCCGACAGGAUGAGACGGAUCACAGCUCAGUAGAAGUCCAGGUGGCUAUUCUGACUGCGAGAAUUCGAAACUAUCAGGAGCAUCUGCAAAAGCACCACAAGGACAAAGCCAACAAGAGGCGGAUGCUCAUGUCUAUUGACAAAAGAAAAAAGCUCCUGAAAAACCUCCGAUUGGUUCGUUAUGAGGCUUUUGAGAGAGUGUGUGAGCAGCUGGGCAUCACCUACACCUUCCCCCCAGAGUACUACAGACGGGUGACCAAGCGCUGGCUGGCCAAGAAAGAACUCUGCAAAAGGGUCUUUAGAGCUGUGCAGGCACAGAAGACAGAGCAGAAGCUGAAGCUGGAGCAGAGUCUAGAAUCCGCAAAGUCGAAAGAAGCCAGCACAGCAAAAGUUUAGUCCAAUAAAACCAAUAUUCAGUACAAUUAA